AGCUGUUUUUAGCCAUAUUUGUGUCAUUUUUAGCUAGCAUUUCAUAAUAUUCAGCUAGACUUCAGCUGUUUUUAGCCAUCCUGUGCCCAUCUUCAGCUCGUGUUCUAACAGCUCAGUUUUAGCUGUUAACACUCACAGCAGCUGAAGUGUAAACCUGUUUCCUGUUGUGAGGCAGCUAAAGUUUAGCUUUUAGCUGAAACAUCUGUCCAGCUGUGAGUCAGAAGUUCGGGUUUUACUAGAACCGGUUCUGGACGUGCUGCUGUAACAGAACCGGACCAGCAGAACCGGACCAACAGGCCCAGGAACUGGUUUCCUGGCUCGGUUUUGUCAUGUGGGUCGUGUGAAAACCCGGAUUGGAUCUCCCAGGUCAGCUGGGCUAGAAGCUGAAAAAAACUGACUGCAGGGAAACCAACGGAACCAGAACCAUCCUGGACCGGUACCAGAUGAAACAAUUAAUGUUUUGAAAACAUAAAAUCCACAAAAAGGCGGGAAAAGGGUUUUAUUUUGAAAAUAAUGGCGGUAAAACCAGAGAGUUUUUCUUUAAUUUGAACUGUUUUUCAAACAGUAAAAUGUGGGUCACGUGUCUGGAUCAGAACCCGAACCUUCACACAGGAGAACUGGGACUAAAGACGGUAAAGGUUCGGUUCUGUUCGGUUCUGGAAGGCCCAGCUGAGUCCACUCCGGUUCUUCUCGCCUUCAUUCGGGCGCAGUUUGCGCGGAUAAACAGCCGCAGCUCCAGAGGACAGAAAGGACGAAAACAAGCCGAGCCGUCCGGGUUUUCAUCAGAACCGGGCCCGAACCCCAGCCUGAAGCUGUUUUCGACCCGACCCGACACCAGAACCCCGCCAACCGAACCCCGGACCGGAGCUCGGUUCGGUUUCUCGCGGCAGCGGCAGCGGCCUCCGCUCGGCUCCGAGUCCGUCCGGAGCCUCACGUGUCCCGGAUCGGCUCCCUCACAUGACCCGAGUGUUUGUCCCCGUGAUCAGAACCUCCGGCCCGGUCCGUCCGGGAGGGCUUCAUGGAGAUGCUGGAGCAGAACCUGGACGGUUCGGGGAGUCACGACAAACCGGAACCGGAAGAAGUGGUUCAGCUGCAGGAAGGAGAAGCGGUGACAGAUGAAGCCACAGCAGUCACCAUCGGCAGCGUUCCUCAGGCUGCGUUCUCUGAACACGUUCAGUAUCAGUUCCGUACUGAGAGCAGCGGAGGACAGGUGACCUAUCGGGUGGUUCAGGUGUCAGAUGAUCACCUGGAGGCGGCGGAUGGAAGCGGCGCCGUCAGCGUGGUCUCCACCGCAGCGUUUGCUGGAGCUCCUCAGGCCGUGGCUCAGGCCGUCAUCCAGAACCCCUUCAGCAACGGGGGCAGUCCCGGGGCCGAGACCGUUAGCGGAGAGACGCGCUUCGCCUACUUCCCCACCUCUGCUGUCAGCGAUGGAGGCGCCGUGUCGGUGCAGACCGCCGACCCCGCCAUCACGCAGGCUGGAGGUCAGUUUUACGUGAUGAUGCCCCCUGAGGUGCUGCAGACCACCAGCCCCCGCACCAUCGCCCCUCGGACACAGAGCUUCACCACGAAGGCAGAGAGUCCACGAGCCCCCCGAGACGACAAGAGGAGAGCUCAGCACAACGAAGUGGAGAGACGACGACGAGACAAGAUCAACAACUGGAUCGUGACCCUGUCCAAACUGAUCCCAGACUGCAGCAUCGACACCAGGACCGGAGCGAGUAAAGGAGGCAUCCUGUCCAAAGCCUGCGACUACAUCAGAGAGCUGCGGCAGAAGAACCAGCAGCUGCAGGACGGGUCCAAAGAGACGGACCGGGUCCAGAUGGAGAACGAGCUGCUCAGACAACAGAUGGAGGAGCUGAAGAACGAGAACGCUCUGCUUCAUGCCAAGCUGCAGCAGCACGGUGUGGAGGUCGGUGUGGAGGAAACGCCGCAGUGACCUUUGAACCGGGCCAGCACCUCAGAUUCUGAUCGUCCACUCGUCCUGGAUCGCAGAGACACACCUGAGACACAGAGGACAGGAAACAGGAAGUGUCCUGUCCUCAGGUGCACAGACGCCUGGCCUCAUCARACUAAUGAACAGAUUUUAACUUCCCCUCAGCGUCUCUCAUGAUGGCAGCGCUGUCCUGACCGGUUCUGUUGGACCGUUUGGACCAGGCGGGUUUGGACUUUGAGACAGAAAUGAAGGUUUUUAUGUUUGGACUGAAGCCUGAGCUGAAGGUUACCUGAGCUGAAGGUUACCUGAGCUCAGGUAACUGUGGGACCAGGUGAGAGGACUAGUUUCAGCCCCGGAGUUUAACCACUGCUUCUGGUUCUGGUUCUGACCCAAUAAAACCCACAUUUAUCAGCUGGGCUGUGGUUGAAAGAUUCAAAAAGAUCUACAUUAAAACUCAUGCAUUCAGAAACUUUUUACUUUAAAUAAAAUAAAGUCUGGUUCUUUAAUAAAAACUACAGUGGGUUGAUUUUCUCUUCAUCUGUUUAAACCAAUAAACUCAUUAAAAUCMUUUGUUUUAGUUUGAAUCAGCUGAUAUUUUCACACUGGAUCAUGUUUGAUGGAUAAAUAAAGAAAUUAAAUGUUUGUUUAAACUUGUUGGCUUCUGUAAAAGAUGACUUUUCAUCAAAAAGCAUCACUAAGUGGUGUAAUUAAACAUGAGGUCAGAAUUAAAUUAUUUGCACAUUAA